AUGUCGGCCCAGGGUGACUGCGAGUUCCUGGUGCAGCCAGCCCGCGGGCUGGUACAGCAGGACCUAUGGGCUGCCAAGGCUUGGCUGAUCACGGCCUGCAGCCUCUAACCCACCGACUUCAGAACUCUUCCUGGUCGGGUCCAGUGUGAAAUGUUACUACAGGUUACGGAACAAUGCUUCAACACUUUGGAACGAUCAGAAAUGUUGCUUCUACUUUUGAGACGAUUCCCUGAAACAGUGGUACAGCAUGGGGUUGGCCUUGGGGAGGCACUAUUGGAGGCUGAAACUAUUGAAGAGCAAGAAUCUCCUGUUAACUGUUUUAGAAAAGGUGCCCAAGAAACGUCUGAUUUAAUGUCACCAAGCAAACGUAGCUCUCAGAAGUACAUAAUAGAGGAGCUGACUGAAAAAUCAUCCCAGAUCAUCGUGGACCCUUGGGAGAGGUUAAGAUUUUUCCCUAAGAUUUUGAACGUUGUUGGAAUGAGAUGUGACUGGCAGAUGGAUAAAGGAAGACGAAGCUAUGGUGAUAUUUUGCAUAGAAUGAAGGAUCUCUGCAGAUACAUGAACAACUUUGAUAACGAAGCUCAUGCAAAAUAUAAAAACCAAGUGGUUUAUUCCACUAUGUUGGUCUUCCUUAAGAAUGCAUUUCAGUAUGUCAACAGCAUACAGCAAUCUCUGUUCCAAGGUCCUAAUGCCCCUAGCCAAGUUCCACUGGUUCUUCUGGAAGACAUAUCAAAUGUAUACGGUGAUGUAGAAAUUGAUCACAAUAAACACAUACAUAAAAAGAGGAAACUAGCUGAGGGAAGAGAAAAAACCAUGAGUUCGGACGAUGAAGACUGUUCAGCAAAAGGAAGGAAUCGUUGCAUUGUUGUCAAUAAGGCAGAACUUGCUAACUCAAUCGAGGUGUUGGAAAGCUUUAAGUUGGCCAGAGAGAGCUGGGAGCUGCUCUAUUCCCUGGAAUUCCUUGACAAGGAAUUUACAAGAAUAUCUUUAGCGUGGAAGACGGAUACUUGGCUUUGGUUGAGAAUCUUCCUCAAUGAUAUGAUCAUCUAUCAGGGUCAAUAUAAAAAGGCCAUAGCGAGCCUGCACCACUUGGCAGCUCUCCAGGGUCCACUUCUUCAGCCACAGAUCUCAGGACAGGGGACCUUGGAGCAUCAGAGGGCACUCAUCCAGCUGGCGACCUUCCCCUUUGCCUUGGGGGAGUACAGAAUGACCUGUGAGGAAGUCCUUGAUUUGAUGUGCUACAUGGUCCUCCCCAUCCAGGACGGAGGCAAGUCACAGGAAGAACCCUCAAAAAUAAAGCCCAAGUUUAGAAAAGGUUCAUAUCUGAAGUUUCUGCCUUGUACUAGCAAGGCUAUCGUGCCCUAUUGCCUGCACUUAAUGUUAGCUUGUUUUAAGCUUAGAGCCUUCACAGACAGCAGAGACGACAUGGUGCUGGGGCACGUGAUCGUGCUGCUUCAGCAGGACUGGCCGUGGGGAGAGACCCUUUUCUUGAAAGCCAUCAAUAAGAUUUGCCAGCAAGGAAACUUCCAAUAUGAGAAUUUUUUCAAUUAUGUUACUAAUUUCGACAUGCUGGAGGAAUUCGCCUACCUGAGAACUCAGGAAAGUGGGAAGAUACAUCUGGAACUACAGCCCAAUCAAGGAAAGCUGAUCAAGCACCACACGGUCACCCGUGGCAUUACCAAGGGCUUGAAGGAGGACUUCAGCCUGGCCAUGGAGUGCCAGGUGUCCCGCUGUGGGGAGAACUUGAUGCUGGUGCUGUAUAGGUUCUGCAUCAACGAGAAGAUCUUGCUGCUCCAGACUCUGGCCUGA